AUGGAGCCCAAAGGUACUACGAAGGGAGUCACCUUGUAUCGCGAACGCUUCAGUUUCGGUGAGAAACCUGGGAUCGGGACGUCUGACACAGCAGCAGCAGCAGCAGCAGCAAUGCAAGAACCACAAGCAUCGCACACUACAAAAAACCAGUCCAAAACAACGUCCGCUAGCACUGGAAACAGUCACUACACACACAUGACAACAACAGCAGCAGCACCAGUAAGAGAGCCUACAUCGUCGCCAAUGGACCCCAGCUCAACCAAGCCCACAGCAAGGCCCAGUCUGCCUGGCCACACGUCCUCGUCGUCGUCGUGGUCAUCGCUGUCAUCAACACUAUCGGCCAAUAACAACAACACCUACACCAAUACCGGAAACCGUGGGAUCACCAGCAGACGGCUGUCGUCAGAGGAAAUCAUCAACGAAAUGGAAAAGGAACAGGACGCCAUUGUGGUGCGACUGUUGCGGGAAAUCGACCAGCUCAAAGACGAAAACAACCGGCUCCGCAAAAACUUGUGUUCUGUGCUUAACGGCGACCCUCAUACGGCCAUACACACCACCACCACAGCACCCCACACAACGCUGCCGCAGCUGUCGCGACGCUCGUCGCUCAACAGCAACGCCAGCAGUGGCAGCAGCACUAGUCUCAACAACAGCAUCACCAAUAUCAGCACCAACACAAACAACCAGGGCCCCUCCACACACAGCAGCAGUUUGGCCAGCUCGAGCGUCUUGGCCAUGACUCCAAACAAGACCAGUCCCGUGCCGUCGCGAAGACCGUCGUCGUCUGCAGCUCCCAUCGAUACAGUGACGCCCACUUUACUACUGCAACGGAAACGCAACUCUGUGCCAUCUUCUGUGCCACUCACUCCAAAGAAGAGCGAUGAAUUUGCACAUUUGUACGCUCCGGUUCCGACCCACAAAUCGUGUGUUGCACCAGGAACAACCGUGGAUCUUACUGAGGGCUCUGGGUUUCGUCGACGCCGGUCCUCGAUGAAGGCUUUUGAGGGUUCAAACAAAAUACCACGUUCGACGCGGUAG